AUGAUUGCUUUACCUCCAUGCUGCGAUAACAUCUUGUACACGGAAGAACAAAUCAAGAAGAGAGUCAUCGAGUUGGCUCAAGAAAUUACGGCCUACUAUUCUCAAGUUUUGCAAGAAGGAGAGUACUUGAUUCUUGUUCCGGUUCUCAAAGGCUCCUAUAUGUUUGCUGCUGACCUCUCAAGACACAUUGAAGUUCCAAACACUGUUGAUUUCAUUGCAUUGAGCUCUUAUCAAGACUCUCUCACAUCAAGUGGUGAGGUGAAAAUUAUUAUGGACACUAGAAAAUCAAUGUGCCAAAAGCACGUUCUCAUCAUUGAGGAUAUUAUUGAUACAGGUUAUACUCUCUCUUUCCUUACCAAUUUAUUCAUGACCCGAAGCCCCAAGUCCAUUAAAACUUGUGUUUUACUCACUGCCCCAAAGAAGAAGAGAAUGGUUGAAAACUUCCAUGCUGAUUUUGUUGGGUAUGAUAUCGGAGAGAGAUUUGUGGUUGGUUACGGACUCGAUUUUGGUGAAUUAUAUAGAAAUUUGCCAUAUAUUGCAGAAUUGAAGCAGGAAAUCAUUGAUGAGCUAAAGAAGAAGAAAUAA